GUAUUCUUAUGAAUUGGACCAAUAUACAAAAGUUCCAUUAACAUCUCUGAGCGAUGACUCUGAUGAUGAAGAUGUUAUUUAUGGACAUAAAGUAGACAAUGGGAAAAUAGAACUUCAACUGAUUCCUCCACAAAAUGGGAAACCACCAGCAAAAGCACCAAAACACCAACCAAAAGUUAUACAACCAGAUCCUAAAAACUGGACCAUUAUUUGUUGGGUGACUUGUAUAUUGAUAACAUGUAUAGUAAUAGCAGCAGUAGGGGCACUUAAAUUAUCAGCUGAUGAUAAUACUGACAAUCAAAAAGUUAAUUCAACUGGGAACUUGAUCAAUCAAACAAACCAUGUGAUAUCUCCUCAGCAAUCUAAACCAAACAAAAUAUCUGUGAUUAAACCACCAACAAAAGGAAACAGAAAACAUCCAAUGGGCAAAGAUUGGAAGAAAAAAAUGGAAAAUUAUGGCUCUGAAUCCUGUGUUAGACUUAUAGAUGUUGAUAAUGAUGGUGUAUUAGACAUUAUAUUUGGUGCAUCACUAUCAGAAAAUAUUGGUGAAGGUUUACAAAAAUUGCACACAUCUGCUCAGGAAAUUUGCAAAAUGAAAAAUAUGUCUUAUCCCUGCCUAGGACAUUUGUUUGCUAUAAGAGGUACUGACGGUGAAGUUUUAUGGAAAACAUUUACUAAAUCAGCUGUAAUAUUUAUAAAUUGUGAAGAUUUUGAUGUGAACAAGGAUGGACAGAAAGACUGUAUAGUUACUGGAAGGCGGGCAACUCUUCAGGCAGUAAACCCAAAGAAUGGAAAAAUUUUAUGGCUUGGUGAUAACAAUUUAAUAAAACCAACAUGGAAUACUUACCAAGUAUUAGCAUUACCUGACUUUGAUCAGGAUGGGGUACCAGAAGUAUUGCUAACUAAUGGUGGGGAUCCAGAUAAAGAACCAGAGGAACAUAAUCGUCAUUCAGGCAGACUCCUUGUUUUGUCUGGUGCUACUGGGAAAGUUUUUGGUGUCAGGUACAUAGCUGCUCCACAUAAGAAAGAGAUCUAUAUGUCACCAGUUAUGUAUACAACUAAAGAUGGAUCCCAGUAUGUUUUAUUUGGAACUGGAGGAGAAACUAUACCAGGAGAUCUUCUUAUGAUAUCUGUACCAGAUUUGUACCAUUAUGUAACUGAUACAGACCAUAAUUCUGUAGUCCCAGGAAUUAAUAAAUCUAGCAGUUAUGACUACUGGCAAAGUCAUAUAAAAGAUGAUGUCACUGGAUUAAUUACAGUUGUGAGGUCAGCCUUAGUGGACUUCUUUUUAGCUCACCUGUCGCCUGUCGUCCCUCAUCCAUCAUCCGUCGUUGUCGUCCGUUAA